UUUGACUCUUUAUGGGUACAUAUAAACACAGCAUUUAGAUGGAUUCUACUAGAAUCCUACGCAUGUUGAUUUCAUAAACCAUAUCCUGUAUCUGUAUAUUCCUUUUAAAUACAGUGUAUAAUAUCUCUGUACUCAUGGAAUAACCAUAAUAUUCUUCAUGAAGAAAUUAACAAUAUAUUGUCUAAAUGCAUGCAGAUAUAACUUGUGCAAAUGUGGGAUGGUCCAAACUCAUUCAAGCGUAAAUCCUGAUGAGAGAAAAGCAAGACACCAGUGUGUUAGUACAAUAACAGCGAGGACUGCGACAGUGUUGUUUAAAGAAUUUAAUCUGCGUUAUUUUAGUCGUCUUUUUUAUCUCUGGAUUAAACCUUUUGUAAACACAAUGGGGACAGUUACAAACUUUCUCCUCUGCAGUAUUGUUGUGGUUAUCGCUCAGGGUCAGGUGAUGUUAGAGGCAGACAGGCCCUCUUUGAAGGUGGAGCUCUUUGGCAAAGCUGUCCUGGAGUGCUGCUACACCCACAAAAUGAAGUCAGUGCAAAUUACUUGGAUCAGACAUGGUCAACAUAAAAACACAACCUUGGAACCACUUGUCAUGCAGUUGUCAGACUCUGUGCACAUAGGAAACACAAAGGCAGUUGACAAAUCGUGUGGCAUCCUAACUUUAAAGCAAGUCAGUCUGAAUGACAGUGGGCUGUACCAGUGUUGGCUAAACGGCAGUGACGUCGAGCUCCACACACAUGGCACCUACCUGCUGGUCUACAAACCACUGGACAAGACAAUAAACCUCAGCGAAAGCACCAAAAACAAGAUCCUGACAGCUGAGGGAAUUUUACUGUUGCUGUGUGUGAUUCUGCCUUCUGCCAACCUUCUCUGCCAGUCAAAGAGAAUAAAUCAAUUGGAGAAGAAGAAAGUGAAGAAGGAAGAGGAAAACAUAUACCAGGGGCUAAAUCUGGACGACUGUUGCACCACAUAUGACCAGAUUGAACGCUCCCAGGCACAUGGCCCGUACGAGGAUGUGUGCAACAUUAUGGAGGAAGAGGAGGAAAUCCAGCUGGAGAAACCUUGAAGGAAAAGGGAAAAAGAAGAAAGGGAGAGUGUUGAGUCUAUGUUAAGAGCUUCAAGUGUGUGAUAUCUGAAUAUCAGGUUCAUUCUUUAACUCAACACUCUUUAAAUCUGGAGUUUUGUACAUAGCCUGCAGUUACAGUUUUAGCAUCUGACAACAUAUUUUUUAAUCAGCUUCUUUAAUUUGAGAGUGAACAUUCAUUUUUGACCUUUGAAACAGCAGCUGUGCUGUGUCCUCAUCAGUAGCUACAGCCCUGCACUCAGUAGCUGUAACACAUGAUCAUCCUCACAAAUAGAGUUGACCCGUAGUCACGGAAUAAGGCCAAAACUCAUUUUUAAUUCAACGAGAAGUCCUUAAAGUGCUCAGAAUGUUUUUUUUUUAACAUCUACAAUGACAUCAGCAACUCCAUCUGCUGAGGAAGAUAUUGUGAUUGAAAGCUCCAGAACUGUUCCUGAGUGGACCUGGUGUCAGCUCCUUUAAUGCUCGUUUUAAAAAUCUAUAGAAAGAAUGUCUUGCAUUUUACUGAAUUACUUUCUGAUGUGUCACAAUGUAUUUGCUUGUGUGCUCUAAGAAUAAAGUUGUGUAAAAAAAAAAAA